GUACCAAUUAAUAAGCUUCUAAGGCUAAGCCAGGCAUGACAACCAAAGCGCCAGCAUCCUUAGCUGCCCUGGUAUUACCCAGCAAAUUUAAGAAUUCAAUCAGCACAAAUUUACCCCUGAUCAUGUUAUACUAAAACUGUUUUACAGCUACCCGGUGAAAGUGUGUGUCAACAUAUACUCUUUGUUUGUGACAGCACCGCCCUAAUAUCACUAUUGACGACCCUGUUGGCUCCCUGUGUAAACACUGUGUCCUAUUUAUCUACAUCCAUGCUAUUUCAACUUCAAUAUUGAACCUGGCCAGGUUGUCCGUGUCUCGUCUGCACAGUGAACCUAACAUAAUGACCUCAGGUAAUGAGACGUAAUGACGUUGCUGUUAACACAGCUGCCCUGUCUCAUGUGUUCCAUUCUCCCCAUUGGACUUUGAACCUAAUAAAACUGGAAAGGUCAUUUGGAAGCUGCCACAAGAGCCGUGGUACGUCGAGAAAUGAUACUUUCUUCGCCCUGACUACACAUUCGGACAACACGUACCCCGAACGUUUUCCAUCGACAGUACGCACGACUGGGACAGAUAUGUGGAGAGCUUUGGUUAUCGAUAUAGCUCUGUUGGUAAUUUCCCUCUCCUCAGAUGUACGGGGAUCUGUUACGACCACGGAGCCACAACCAUGGGAUGUACAUUGUCCAAGAACGUAUAUCAGAGAGUGCGAGUGUAUUGCAAAGUGGGAUGACUUCUUGCACAGACAGGUGAAAACAGUGACGUGUUCCGGACCGAUCAAUACUACCAACUUCAUGUUGCCCAACACAACGGAGUCAGUGCGACUUGAGAACGUGGCUGGUUUGGAGGCGGGGAUGUUUGAGGGAGCGGAGGAAAUGAUGGUUCUCCAGGUGAAUGGGCUCAUGUCUGACAGUGUACCUCCGAACAUGUUGAAAGGCAUGGACAAUCUGAAGUUUUUCUCCUUGAGAUUUAACCUAGACAUGACGUCACUACCAGACAAGUUCUUCGGGAAUCUCCGAAACCUCGAGAAGAUCGACAUUUCUGAGACGGGAAUUCAGGUGCUGUUCGUGGACACAUUCGCGAACCUAACUGCACUAAGAUACUUAGGGCUGUCUAGAAACAACAUAGGGAACCUAGAGGCUGGGGUGUUUGACGACUUGUCGUCAUUGUUAUUCCUCGACUUGCACGCGAAUAACAUGUCUUCGCUUCCACCUGUCGGACAGUUGACAAGCCUAUCAGAACUCCAUCUGCAACACAACAGUAUCACAACCAUAUCUCCUCCGGCUCUGGACGAACUGCACUCCUUGACAAAACUAGAUCUAUCUAGAAAUGCGAUAAAGACCAUCCCAGCGGGCACACUUAUACAGCUACAGCGGUUGUCUUUCUUUGACGUUGCUUACAACCCUAUCGAAACUGUGUUUGAAGACACGUUCGUGGGGCCGACGAAUCUGACCGAUCUGGGUCUGGACGACCAUCAGCUCGACACGUGGGAUCCUGCCGUGCUCUUGAACUUGACUUCUCUCCAGUGGCUGCACAUCGGCAGUGUCCGUUACGACUGGGACCAAGUCAUGUAUGAAGGAGGCCAGUGGUGGUUUAGUUGCCCACCUGAGGCAUGCGUGUUCGGUGACUGCCACAUAGCUCAUCAUCAGCCCAACUGUACCUGCCGCCAGGGGUUUUCCGGGGAUGCAUGCGACACACCCAUUGUUCACAACGACGGGUUGCCAACUUGGGUAGCUGUGGUAGCGGUGACAGUCACAGUAAUUGCGAUGGUGGUGACCGUAUUUGGGUGUGACCGGUUCUGGAGGAAUAGAAAACGUCGGUACGAAAACGUUUGAAAUGGCCCCCUUUGUCAUGGGCGGAUUUUGCACUGAGAGCUGAUGAUGACUUGUCAUGUGUAAUGACAAGAAGAGAAAAUGAUAUACAAGAAAUAACAAGCAAUUAUUUUCUAUUUUAUUCGGGGCUAUAUAUGAAUUGAUAAAAUCUUCAUCAGUCAAUCUUAAAUGGCAUUUUUUCAAUUGAUGCACUGAUAUGCACAGAAUCAACACAGAAUUAUCAAUAUGUUUCUGGGUUGGGAAUCUUAAAAUGACCCCAGGAAGUUAGUUUUCGAAAUUUAUUUCUCCAGCAUACAUAUCACAGAGAAAUUAAAUAGCUUUCAUAUACGCAAUUAUGAAUUGAGCACAUUUGCUGUAGGUGCUGAGAGUCUAGGACAUAAUAGUUUGAAAAAUGUAUGAAGUAGCUUACCACGAAUUAUAUGUAUAAUUUGAUUCAAUGCAUUUACAUGGGAUUCUGUGAUGUGAACUGUUGCAAGUUAAUGUACUUGUCCAUUGUGUCGAUCAAGGCUGUUGCCAUUCGUAUGUGCCUAACAAAUGUUUAAAACAACCUCAUGCUUGACCAAGCUACUGAAAGAGCAGGGCUGAUAGUUAGGGAAAGUACAUCCCUUUAGCACAUUUCUCUGAUAUUAAUGUAUUGUAAAGUUGUAUCAUGAGAGAUUUUGUUACAAUA